GGUCUCUUUCUGUCAUUUACAUGCCCACACUCUGCAAGCAAUGUGCUUUAAAUAUUUAGCUUCUUGAACAAAAAAAAAAUAAACAAAGAAGAAAUAAUUUUGGCACCAAUAAUAAAAGACAAGAAAAUUAAAUAUCAUAUGGAAUUUACAAUGGAUAACAAACUUUCACAAAGUAAAUCAUUUGGCGUUGGUUCGCCAUUCUAUGGUACAGUAGGUGGUACAACUAAGACAUAUCAACUAUCACCACAACAAUCCAUGUCACAUACGAAUUCAAUUUCACAAAAUAUUUCGAUUUCACAAUCAUUACUACCACAAUGUAAUAUUGUUGCUCAGAGUCCAAUGCCUUCAGCUGAACCACAAGAUGCAAUUAAUGCCAUUAAAAUUCAGAAUUGUGUGGCAACGGUUAACCUAGGAUGCGAUCUAAAUUUACGAAAAAUAAACUUUCGAACAAGAAAUUCUGAAUACAAUCCAUCCCGCUUUCAUGGUGUCAUCAUGCGAAUUCGGGAGCCACGAUGUACUGCACUUAUAUUCCGUUCCGGAAAAGUGGUAUGUACUGGUGCUCGCAAUGAAGUUGACGCUAAUUUGGGGACACGCAAAUUUGCUAGAAUUCUACAAAAGCUUGGUUAUCCAAUAAAAUUCACGGAAUUUAAAAUACAAAAUUUAGUUGCCACAGUCGAUCUGCGUUUUCCGAUACGUUUGGAAUAUUUGAAUCAGAUGCAUGGUCAGUUUAGCUCGUAUGAACCGGAAUUAUUUCCCGGAUUAAUUUAUCGCAUGGUGAAACCUCGUGUUGUGCUAUUAAUUUUCGUUAAUGGAAAAAUUGUUUUCACCGGAGCCAAAACUAAAAUUGAAAUUAGAGAAAGUCUUGAAAAUAUUUUUCCAAUUCUGCAAAGUUUUCGCAAAAAUUAGUUGUAUGUAUUAUUACUAUGUUUUUAGUUCAUUUUUAAUAAUGAAAUGUGAUAAUCAAAUUAUUACUGUUGAAAAAAAAAUAUAAACAAUAAAAUUGUCUCAAAAAGUUUGUAUAUUUCAUUCCGAAA